AUGGCGUGCGGCGCCUGUUACUACCUGGUGAUCAGCUCCACGCACCUCAGCAACGGACACUUUCGGCGCGUCAAGGGGGUCUUCAGGGGGCCGUUGUGCACCACAGCAGCGUGUGAGUCACCGGAACGCGGCGAGCGAGCGUUGGGUUGCUCAGUGGAGGAUCUGAAGUCUCUUUUCUACUGCGAGCUGUGUGACAAGCAGUACCUGCGCCACCAGGAGUUUGACAACCACAUCAAUUCCUACGACCACGCGCACAAACAGAGGCUGAAGGAACUCAAGCAGAGGGAGUUUGCUCGCAAUGUGGCCUCUAAGUCCUGGAAGGAUCAACGCAAGCAGGAGAAAGCUCUCCGACGCCUCCACCAGCGAGCACAGCUGCAGCAGGAACGCCAGCGUGGCCAAGGAAGGACGUUUGAGCUACGGAGUACUGUCAGGCUUGUCAGCCAGCAGCAAGACAAAGACACGGAACACAAAGCCCGCAGCCCUGUGGACAAAUUUGAAGCCUUAAAACACACACACAGGCCCCAAGCCAAACACGGCGGCACAUCUCCACUGAGCCGCCAGCGAGAAAAUCUAUGCCGGCCUCUCCCCCAAACACCACUGGUUACUCCGGUCGAGUCCCCGCUAAUCACUCAUCUCGAGUCCGAUCAAGGUCCUUUUGCAGUGAAUCAGCAAGUGGGCUGCCAGCUGCCUCUGGAGGAGCGAGGGAGAGCUGGAGGCAGGCGUGGGGUGUCCUUCUGUUUCUCACGCAGGGGGCCGCGGCUGGAGCCCUCUGCAUCGGUUUUCUCUGACCAGGAGGAGGAGGAGAGAGAGAGGCGGGAGCAAAUGAGAGAGCGGAUUAAGGGCAUUUUGGAAGACAUUGAAAGGGAAAUUGAAGGUGUUGAUCCAAGUAAUACGAGAGGAAAUUGCACGGAGGACACCCAAAUAAAGGAGACGGUGAAAGAUAAUCAGAGCGGUGAGCUGAAGGAGGGAUCGGGAACGGUGUCCGUUUUGCGUAAGGACGGGUCCACCUGCGUCGGGUGGCCUGUCGGUUUGGUGAAGUUCACCAAGUGUGAGCCGUGUAUCUCUUAUAGCUGCAACCCAAACUGCACAAAGCAAGCGGUAGAACAACUCGAGCCGGCUAUUCUUACACCAGACGCUCGUUACUGUUUACAAAAAGGGAUGAGUCUGGCGCACGAGGCGAAAAAAGCUGAGGAGAAUGUCAAAGCGGAAGCACACCUGUUAGACGAGAACAAAAACCUUUCAUCGUCAGGGGGAGGAUCAGAAGGGUCGUCGCGCAUGCUAAGUAUGGAUCAUCAUGUGAGGGCGUCCUCCUUUCCGUUUGACCCCGCUCGUAGUGACAGCUUUGACACCAACCUCGCAAUUCCUCCGGGAGACAGCUUAGCGAACAUUCAGGAGGGAGACCUUAACUGUAAAUUAGAAUCUGUCACCCAGUUGAGCGAAAACAGGACAUGCAUAAGCCCGCACAGGCGCGAGAGCGAGAUGACGUGCGAGGGUGCAGGCGAUGCUCACCCACGAGGGGGCAUCUCGUGCAAGAAGAGUAAACACGGCGUAAAGAAGCCAAAGUUGGGAAAGAGAAAGAGGAGGGGGAAGGAAAGGGCCGCAAAUGGACGCCAAUCACGGAGGUGUAAAGUGAGGAGUGUUGUCUCUGCCGUCUAUAAUGUUAGCCCCAGAGGAGGAGAGACUGGAGACAGUUGGGGAGACAAUAAAGGACAGCGAGAGGCAAAAGUGUGGAGGAGCAGCUGUCUCCAAGGGAGAACGGAGGCCGAGCCAGUUUACGUCUCCGUCGGGAAGAGACGACCUCGCAGGAACUCGACAUCUCAGUUCGUGCUUGGCGGAGAGCAGGGGGAACCGUGUCGUAGUUUCUCCCAGUUUGCCAGACGUACACCUGACACCGAAGGGGAGCAUAUUCCCGGGCGAUCUCGCUGCUCCUUAAACUCUUUCUCACCAAGAUGUAACUCAAAGCUGUUUUGGGAAUCGGGUCACCAUAGCAACCCCAGGAGUUUCAUUGACUGCAGUUACCCUGACAACAGCUGUAGCGGCAGCCCGGCGAGAAAGAGAAAAGUCGUCCAUGGGGAUAGAAGAUUCAUUCACAGUAACGGGAGUAGUUUAAGAUACUAUGGGGAGACAGACAGAGGGCGGCGCAUGGGUUGCAAAGACCGAGGUUUGUUCUCAGACCAAUGGGAGUGGCUUGGGGAGAACGAAAGGCUCGAUUCUGGAUGGAGAUGGAGAAACAAGACUUUGGGGUGGGAGUGGGGCAGUAGGGCCAGCCUAAGUCCAAGCAACAGGAGAGCAAGCAUGGAAGAUGUGGAUUGGGACAAGUGGACAUUGGGAAGCAACGACAGUUGGGAGGAAAGUGGGACACGCAGGUCUACCUCCAGGUCUAGAACUGGUCCUGACAGUAGGUGGAGCCCCAAUUGUGCAUGGGGAUCUGCAGGGACGGGCCACUCUAGGUAUGUGCCGAGCCCUGGAUGGUGGACAAGUAGGCGGAUGUAUAGCCCGUCAAGAGAGUCUACCAGCAGAAGUCACAGCCCACGUUCCUGCAGUCCUUGCAGCAGCAGGGUGUCUGAGCUCAGCUGGGAAUGGAGCAAGAGCAGCACCUGCUCAGGUAUGACAUACCGAAGGGCCCCAUCCGAGGUAAACUCGCAAAGUGACUUGACAUCUCUUUCACCUGACCUUACCUUCAAUGCUGCAGAAUCUUCACCAGACCCCAAUGAACAUCGUUGUCGGGUGAGCAAUACAUCUCAGCUUGAAAGGACCAAGUCACUGUCAGACUGUGACCAGGAACCUCCGGUUCCUACGACCACAGACAAAAGCAUCCCGUGCCAAAGUGAUCCCGUACCACAGAAACCAAUGCGGACAUUACAGCUCCCCCUCAUUGGGAAGCUCCCUGCAAUCCAAAAAAAAGCAAGAAGGCGGAAAGAACAAUUGGAACGGAUUCAGAAAGAGUGUGGUGAUGAAGAAGCGAGUCAGAAAUUGGACGGUGAACAUCCUUUGGCUUCGGUUCAAUCCAACCAAAGCAGUAUGCCAAAUCUGUGUGCAGCGGAGAUUAGGUCUGAUGACAACAAGACACCUCAGCCAAUCAGCUUUAGCGCAGAGGAGAUGGACAAGUAUCGACUCCUCCAGGAACAGGCCAGAGAGCACAUGCAGAAAGUUCUGGAACAAGGUGAAGAGAGCACAGAUGUUCCCAUGGAGACAACCCUCACUUGCACGGCACAGACAAACGAGUGUGGGACUCAAGGGGAGGCGUACACGCCUGCGGCCUCACUCAAGCCUCCACAGAAUCCUCACACAGUGCAAACGGGUCACAACCUUCAAGAAAGACUCCAACACAUGAACCCACAAGAGGAUUUUCAACGGCUUUUGGCUGUCCCCAACCUUCCUCCCCUUGCACUCACCCCCCCUUUGGCCAACCUCCAUCAUUUAAUUUUACAGCACCCAGCCUUCUCCCCAGUCCGUUCCCCGGCUUCAGGCCCCUCACCCGACGUCCACCCAGCUCAGCUCACCCACCUACCUCAUUACCUUCACCCCUCUCCCGUCCCUCUCUCAUCCCUCUUUCCCUCUAUCCUCCUCGCUCACCCUUUCCUCCCCCUUCCACCACCUCCCCCAGUGUCCGCCUUCCAGGCAAACCCUCUCGCGCCACUUUCCACGCUGGCUCUGCAGCCUCCAAACAAUCUACGACCUUUCUUGGACACGGUAUGGCCAGUGAGGUUCCAACAGAAGGCCUUGUAACCGUGUUUAUUAAAUAUCCAUGGCGAGAGAGAGAGAGAGCACAUUUCUGUUGUACCCUGUAUGGAAUCCAUUGGAGUUCGUAGAGUGAGCCACCAUUUUUCGAUUGAAAAUACGUUUCUCCAUUAAUCCCCUGCCGCGUGGCAGCCGACAGUGAGACAAGCGACUUUGAUCAUUUUUGCUUUCUCGAUCAUUCAAGCUUAUAAUAAAGAGAAAGGUGCACCUGCUAUUCAAAGACAAGCUGGGCUUGUGUUAGCAUUGCUACGCUACCUUUGAAGUGGAGCCCCUGCAUGCUCCCUGACAAAGGAAAUAACAUUGCUUGGUUUGAACCACAAGCGUUAAAAAGUACACCUUUGAACAAUCGGAAAUGAAAAUGUAGCUUGGUUCACAUUGGAAUUUCUAAAUUCAGGUGGAUAUUUGACAGAGGUGCUUGGAUAUGCUUCUGUUUAUUUUAGAAAAUGAAUGAAGCUAUUUCAAAUGUAAUCCUUUACAAAGUUUGAUAUAGAACUUCAAUCUCAAGACAUUAAUUGAUUCAAUUCUUGUAAGAGCAUGUUGCACUAUAGUGUCUAUGAACUGGAUUUCAGUAGGUGUCACCAGUUUGUAUUUUGUAAAUAUUUCCAACAGAGCUUGUGCUCGAUUCAAGAUAAAAUACUGUCUGGCUUUGUUGCCAAUGUCCCAUUUCCCCUACACACAUAUGUAUUUAUGAAAGUUGUUACGGCAGCGGUUUGAUCGGUGCUCAAAUAAAGCGCAUCUUGAAAAAAUCUAAAUGUUGUUUUAUUUGAUUGCGAUGAUGA